AUGAUGCAGAAAUGAUACUUUUCUCUUCUUUAGGCAUGAAAACUCAGGAAAUGCUUUUGUUUUACAUUCAGAACAACUAUGUGCUUGCACUAUCUGGACCUCUUUUGUGAACUUGAUGCACUGUAUAGUAGAACGUAAGCGAACGCAAGCUGCUGCCUGUGGUGAUGAGAUCAGAGAGGACGAGACUGUCGAGAACAAUUUUGCCCACACUGUCUCAGUCCAUUCAUUGAAAUAUAAAUAAUAAAAGUAUGGGUCAAUAUCACUACGAAAUGCCUUUGGUGUCCUCAUCAGAAUCUUUCAGUCACCAUGGAAAUGUAGCAGAUUAAUGAAAUGCUGAGGUUGAAAUAUAAGGGGCUGAACCUUUGCAUACAUAACAGUACAAUGAUAAAUCUUUAAAAUGAAUGCCUUUCAUUUUACAUCAUUUAUUUUCAUUGGAUGUACAUGAUGGCCUGACCCACUCGCUGCUAAACUAACAACAGUGUGUGUAAUAAGUAGUUAGAUGAUGCAAACUAAUAUAUUUAGCUUUUUACAUAGUUUUACUGUCCACAAGUUCUAUGAUAAAACAAGUCAUGUAGCACAUGUGAAUUCUAUUUUGAAAAUCAAAUUGAACAUUUUGCCUGUGUCACUGAAAUUGCUGUCCACCCUGUCAUUAUGGGGUAACUUCCCCUUUAAGAAACCUGCCGAUGUUUUCAGUGACAUCACGACCAAUAUUUUUUAUUUCCUCAAUGGAUGCUGAAACUGUUGCUAGUUUUAGGAUAAACAUUUACUUGUCUUUUGUCAUUUUUAUCAUAUUACGUGUAGUUGGAUGGUGUCAAGCUUAACAUGUCCACUCUGUCUUCGUGAAAGAUCAUCCAUCCAUCCAUUUUCUGAGCCGCUUCUCCUCACGAGGGUCGCGGGCGUGCUGGAGCCUAUCCCAGCUGUCGUCGGGCAGGAGGCGGGGUACACCCUGAACUGGUUGCCAGCCAAUCGCAGGGCACAUACAAACAAACAACCAUUCGCACUCACAUGCACACCUACGGGCAAUUUUAGAGUCUCCAAUUAAUGCAUGUUUUUGGGAUGUGGGAGGAAACCGGAGUGCCCGGAGAAAACCCACGCAGGCACGGGGGAGAACAUGCAAACUCCACACAGGCGGGGACGGGGAUUGAACCCCGCACCUCAGAACUGUGAGGCUGACGCUCUAACCAGUCGUCCACCGUGCCGCCUAGUGAAAGAUCAAUUAAUAUAAAAACUUUUCAGAAAUUGGAAAUAUAAAGUAUUUGACAGUACACAGAUGGUAUCCUGUUGCUAAGUACAGGUCCAUCAUGUGCUUAGAAAAUGCUAACAUUAGCCAAAAAUGUAAAGCGUCAUUGUCCACCCUGUCAGCCAGCUAACUUGGUUUGUUUGCAUCUGCUUGCAGUUUAUUAUUAUUGUUAUUUUAAAGUGUUGGAGCUUGACCAACAUGCAUUUCUAACAGGUUAACUUUACUUCAUGAAUUUGAAGUUCAAAUGAAAAUCGAAACAUUUUCUGGGGAAAUCUGGAAGUCUCAAAGGCACCUUAUGGCAAUAUUGACUCAUGCCAAGUCCAAAUCUAACAUGACAAAAAUCCAGUUCUUGGAUGAAUCAUUCUUAUGAACGGUGCUCAAAUAAAGUGUAAAGACAACAUUAAAUGCAUGUUUUAGAAGAAUGCUGAUUUAACUUUUUUAAAGGCAGGAAGGAAUUGCAACAAAAUCAAGACUCAAAAUCUUAACUUCCCAUUUUGACCACAGGCGAUCUUAGAAUAAUAGCACUUUCCAAACAUCCAAUGCGGGCAUGUUGCAUGCAGGGAUUGCGUUGUUAUGUGUGCCACUGAGAACUAGAGUGGGCUAACAAAAUGUUUGUCAUUUUGCAGAAAUUGGGGUUUUGCUCAGAUUUUGGCAUUUUGACAAAUAAUCAUUUUGAUGAGAUGUCACGACACUUUUAUCUUCAACUAAGGUACUGUCAUCAUUUUCAGUUUCAGAGGAGAGUGAUUGAAAGUUUUCCAGCUGCAAUAAAAUCUAAGGAAUUCAUAUCUUGGUGAUUCAUAUGGCGAUGAUUACUUCUUCUGGAUACUUGGUUUUACAAAAGUGGUGGUUGUGUACAUGUUGGAUCCCGGUCAGUAUCAUCUAGGUUGACCCAAAGAAAAGAAACAAAAUAUUAGAUUUAAAAGCAACCUCAGCCAUGGUGUACCUGCUCAUAUCCUUGACCGUGCUGCAUCUGCUCACCCUGUCCAUGCUCCUCGUGGCUACCCUAGAGAAGUCCUGGUGGGUAUGGGACAAUUCGGAAAUCAGCGACCUGUGGUAUAACUGUUUCCACGACAACGCCACUGAUACGUGGCUGUGCGCCGCCACCAAUGAGAGCGACUGGUUGCAGUCGGUGCAGGCCCUCAUGGUGCUGUCCGUGGUCUUCUCGUCGAUCUCCCUGCUCGUGUUUGUGGCUCAGCUCUUCACCAUGUCUAAAGGAGGUCUCUUCUACUUGACUGGACUCUGUCAGGCCUUUGCAGGCUUCACCGACUUCGCAGCGUGCCUCAUCUUCACCUUCCACAGAAAGGAGAUCGUGAACGGCUCCAGAGAUCUAGGCAAAGGUCGCUUCGGUUAUUGCUUCAUCCUUGCGUGGCUGUGCGUCCCCCUCCUGCUUAUCAGCGCCGUCCUGUAUGGACACCUGAGAAAGAAAGAGUGAAACAUGCUACUUUAACGUUGUGGAAAUCAAAAGGACUGAAAGGGCCAUGUUGUCGUUUCCUGUAAAAAUGUGUGAAUUUAAGAACAUAUCAACAAAAGGGCAAGCAGGGUGCACAUGAACAAAAAACACCAGUAUAUGAAUCAAUUGCUGUAUCUUGCAUUGAAUGAUUUGUCUAGCUUACUGCAGAGUGGGUUUGCUUAACUGAAUUGAAAAAAAAAAUACUUGACCCCUUAAAAGUUUCAAGAAUCAAAUAUUGUGAUUUUUUUUUCCCCCUAGUGUACCAGUAUAAAUGACUAUUAAGGCCACAUUGGAAAGAAAAAAAAAAAGAGUAAAAGGUACACUAUGAGAAUGCUAUGGGAAUAAAGUUAUAGUCUCAUGGGGUAAAAUAUAUAUAUAUAUAUAUAUAUAUAUACAUAUAUAUAUAUAUAUAUGUAGAUAUAUAUGUAGAUAUACUGUAUGUAUAUAUAUAUAUAUAUAUAUUUAUAUAUGUAUAUAUAUAUAUAUAUAUAUAUAUAUAUAAUGUGUGUGUGUGUGUAUAUAUACUGUGUGUAUAUAUUUAUAUAUAUAUAAAUUUCUACUUAUUUUUUCUAAUCACUUUUCUCUAUCCUGCGAUAGUGUAAUUUUUUCAUGAAAAGAAUUAUUGUAUUAUCAUGAAUGUCUUUUUUUUAAAAGCUUGAUUUGAAAAAAAAUUACUUUAUUCCCCAAAAUACUAUUUUGUUUAUCUCAAAAAUGUUUCUCAAUGAAUUAAAAAAAUAUAUUUAAAAGAAAUGCAUAAAUACAAAUACGCAAUAAUAUGAUGACUUCAUCCUCAUUUAUUUUCUUUCCAGUGUGCUCCUAAUACUGUUUUGUAUAACAGCCUAGUGAGCAUGGUGACAGUAACACUAUGACAGUAAAGUCAUAAUUUCCUUUUUUUCCCCCAAUUCACUCAUUAAAAUUGCAUUUUUACCUUGUAAAUUAGAAUUUUUUCCCCCAAGAAAUAACAAAAUUCUCAUAGCUUUACUCGUAAUCUUAUAAUUUAUUUUCUUUUCAGUAUGGCCUUAAAAGGCCAAGGAUCAUUCAGCCAA